UUGUUAACGGUUGACUAACUUCUGUUAGAGUCAAUGUAGAUUUAAGCACGUUUUAAGAAGUUCGGGUAGUUUUUUUGAAUUAUAAUUGAGUUGAGGUCGUAUUUGACACUGAUCAAUUGUUCGGGUCGUAUUUGGCACGACUGAAAUAGUUUGGGUCGAAAUUGGCACUUUUCCCAUCAAUUCUACGGAAAAGUCAACAAAAUUCAAAGAAUAUGAUUUCAUUACAAUUUUGAUCAUAAAUAAAGAGAAUGAAAAUUAUUUCAUUUUUCUUCAUAUUCCAUUCUUCUAAUUUCAUUCCUUUUUAAUCUAGUGAUUAAGUGAUUCCCGUUCUAUAAAUUGAAGGCCUCCAAGUUCUCAUUAGACACAACUCAGAACACAUAUUAUCUUUGUUCAGUUAUCUCUAUCAUAUUAUAAUCAUCUACUUAGAGAGUUAUGGCAAUUUCUAAAGCUUUUAUUGCUUCUCUUCUCAUAUCUCUUCUUGUUCUCCAACUUGUCGAGGCAGACGUGGAAAUCUCAAACAAAAAGAACGGUUACGGCAGUAAGAUUGAUUGUGGAAGUGCGUGUAUAGCAAGGUGCAGGCUCUCAAGUAGACCAAACCUUUGUCACAGAGCGUGCGGGACUUGCUGCGCCAGGUGCAACUGUGUGCCACCAGGCACGUACGGAAACUACGACAAGUGCAAGUGCUACGCCAGCCUCACCACCCACGAUGGUCGCCGCAAGUGCCCUUAAGACUAUUUCGUUUUGUUUGACAGUAAUUGUUGGCAUUACGUCGUAUUGUGUGUGGUUCUACGUGAAAUAAUCUCGUUGUAUUGUUUCAUUUUCUAAAUAAAGUUAUGUUGCUUUACAGAUGAUCGAUUUAAAUUCUUUUCCUCAAUGAUCAGAUGUUUUCAUUAUAGCGUGUUCUUGAUUUUCAUUAUAAAUUUAAAGCACGGCACAUGUAUAUUUUUAGGGGAUUUUAUGUUAUUUGUGGAAAACGAUCCGUAGAUAGGAUUUUAUUUGUAGACGAUAUUUUUUAGCAUCGAUAUUUAUUCGGGUAUUCAUAAAUUUGGUCCACGGAAUGAAUCUAGAGCUGUGCUUACUAGCUUACGAAAAAGGCGGUUGCCUUAGGUUCCC